AUGUCUAUACUUACAUUGAAUCCAUUGGGUCUCGGACGAUACGAACUUCCUCCAUCCCAGAAUUCACACAUUCUCUGGAAACUCCAGUCUCGAUCCACUUGGGCGUUGGCGAUGGAGGCAAGAAGGCCGAAUAUGAUGAAUUACUUCACACGUGUUUCCCGUCUGUGGAUAGAUGCAAGUGAAGCAAUUACAAAAGAUCUGAUCGAUGAGAAUGUGAAUGGAAAUCUUCUUUUGGCCAUCGAUGGAUACAUGUAUAACCUUCCGAAUAUAGCAUUGACACGUGUCGAUUCGAGUGAAACUGCAAUGGUUCUAUGUGAAUACACACCUCCGAUGAAUCGAGCUGAGAGCAAUCAUCUUCUGAAGAAGUACGGAGAAAUCUACUAUCCGACUGUUUCCACUUCAGAAGGAGCUUUCAUUCGAACAACUAGCAGUUUGAAUCGAAUUGAUGAGGAUUUAUUCAAAGAUAAUCGAUAUUGUUCGAGAGUUAUGAAUCCAUUCAUUCACAAUAGUAAUGCUCGAUCUGCGAUUCCGACGAGAGAAUUCUUGGAUGAAGUGAAUAAAGUUCAGAAUGGACUCAUCAUCAGAACUGCUGCAUUCUCGAAAAACUCGGAUAAAAAUGUGAGGAUCGGAGCUACAUGCAGUGCUAAAAAGGGAGCAACUCAUCAAGUUUUAUGGAGGGGAUCAGAUGGAAAUGAUGUCUACGUACCGGUUGAUAAGUCAUUAUGGAGAAGUGAUGAGCCGAAUGAGAUUUGUGAUGCUGGAUCAUGGAGUUCCGCAUUAGUUUCAGGACGGGACGGAAGUCCAGGACUUGAAGCAAUGUCGGAUGCUCGUUAUGCUCCAAUCUACUGUCAAAAUACUGUAGACACUUAUUCAUAUGGAGAUUGUCCAGCUGGAUUCACAGAAUAUUACCGAAAAAGAAUUGGGCAGAAAUUCUGUCAUCGAUUCUUCUCCGAAAAAAAGACUCAGCCGGACGCAGAGGCACACUGCCAGACAUUUGGUGCACAUUUGACUGGGUACACGGAUUCUGAAGAAUUGAAACUAAUAGGAACAUUGAAUGUACAUGGAGUUUGGGAAACGCUUAUUGGAGGCAAAAGACGUAGUGAAUGUAUUACAAACGGAGCUAAAAAUGAACCUGGAUACUCUCGAGAGGAAUCUUCUCCAUGCUCUCGUAAACUAGUAUACGAAUGGAAGAAUGGAGUUGCUCCGAAUCCUCCAAACAUUGAGAAUGACUGGUCUUUUGGCUAUGAGCCGAACUAUGUGGGCUAUAAAGAGGAGUGUUUGACGAUUGUUAGGCAUAAAGGCGUUAGCCUCAAUGAUAAUACCUGUGAUAGUUUAUUUCCUUUUGUUUGUGGAAUGGAAGCUCCAAUCGUAAAGCUCCUAUCCUCAUAA